AUGGCAGUGGCGGGCACGCUGCUGGGCGACUGGAGUGGCCUGGACGUGUCGGGGCAGCUCCUGCGCCACACCGCCAGCCUGCCCGCGGCCCUGGCCUUCAUGGUGCCGCUGCUGGGGGUGUGCUACUAUGGCGUCAGCGCCGCGGAUCGCGACCCUGGGUUUGGUGAGCUCAAGCGCGUGUUCCAGGAGUCGCUCAUACCUCAGAUGGAGGCCCUGCCCGGCUGGGGCCUCUGCCUGCUGUCGCUGGGCGCUGGGGUGGGGGAGGAGACGCUGUUCCGGGCCUUCCUGCAGACCGCGGCCAUCGGCAGCAUACAAGGCGCAGCACCCGCCCUGGCGCCGGCGGCGGCCACCGCCGCCGGCGUGGCGGUCACCAGCCUGGGCUUUGCGGCGCUGCAUGCCCUCACCCCCACCUAUUUUGCCUUUGCCUUUGGCGCGAGCAUCCUGUUUGGGGUGGAGUAUUGUGCAUGUGGCCUGCAGUCCGCGGCGCUGACGCACUGGCUGUACGACUGGUGCGCCCUGGUGUACAUCUUGAGCCAGUGGGGUAGCAGCGGCGGCGGCGGCGGCAAGCAGCCGUCGGCCACCUAG